CUUGCAUCACAAGCGUGAAUAGACUACGGGAGGUCAUCUCCUCAUUCACACAGUGAGUUGGGGAAGUGCCCUCCCACCUGUUCCAGUGCUUCACAGCAGACGAACCAAGAAUCAGACGAGGAAGUGGUGAAGCGAAUUACCCCGUACCGUACACACACGCGUGGGGUCUAGAUAAAAUACCGGGUCCGCUACCCUGGUUGAGAUAUCUCGUUACCAUCCGUCAUCCGACUCAUCCCACCUGUCUGGGUACACCCUACACCCAACCUCCAACAGCUUACUUUCUAUAGGAAUCCUCCUCCUACCUAGUAUCUACCUACCUACCGACUGAAAACAUUACUGCAGUCUGGCCAGGCCUGUUCCCGCUCGCUCCCUCUCCCGCUACUUUCUCCUUUGCUCCUUCCACAGAACCAGCUAGCUGCUAGGUACUCUGCAACUACCAUCGCAUAUCCUGUUAAUCUCACCCAUUCCCCAAGCAAAGGACAUUGUCUCGACCCUAAUGCCAUCAUGGCGCCUCCCUCUCAAUUCGUCUCGGUGACCAUCAAGUAUGCCAAACCGGGCACUCAACCGCCAGUCUUCCUCGCUGGUUCCUUUUCCAGUUCACCAUGGUUGCCGCAGGAGAUGCAACAUACGACCAACAAAGAUGGCGAGUCGGAGUUUGUCAAGGAAGUUUUGGUUGAGGAAGGGAAAGAAUAUCAAUAUAAAUUUCGGAUGGGAACAGGCGAUUGGUGGGUGCUCUGCGAGGACGCCUCCAUAGGUACGUAUUUCUAGGGACAAUGAAGUUCUGAUAUGUAGAUGACGUCGCUCUCAAUACUUAUUCACCCUCAAUGCUGACAUUUCUUUUGCCUCUUUAGUCACUGACGAUAGUGGAAAUACAAAUAACCUCCUCUCAGUUCCCCAGUCAACAGAACCAAGAAGAGCAUCUGCCAAAACUUCCGUUGACCUGGGUUUGAAUCACUCAAUUCAAGCAACGACUAUGGGGGCUGUCAAUGGUACUUCAAGUCAUACCAAUUUCAAUGAGACCUCGAAUGACGAUAUCGACACUCCACCAAUGUCUGGAACUCCAGAUGCUGCACAAGUAGCCGCAGAGGUUGCAGACUCGGCUGCCAAACUUGACAAUGGUCCCCCAAGUCCGUACGUCCCAGAUGAGGAAGCAGGUCGAAUUGGCUAUCGGCGCAUGUCCAGUACACCCAUUCCCGAGGUUGCGGGCACAGCGGCAGAGGUAGCUGAUGUCGCCGCUAAGCUGGAUAGACCCAACUUGGUAUGUUUUGUCUCUUCUUGCCUCUGCAAUUUUGGUCGUCAAAUUGCUGAGUUCAGGUAGUCUCAAAUCGAGAUGCCUUCCCCUCCAAUGAGCCUCGAAGACGAGGAAUUGUACGCCCCGACACCAGAGCAUGAGCGAGUACCUUUGUUUCCACAUGAAUGCCCUGGCCCAACCGAUAAAGUUGUAAAAAGUAGGGCCAGCAGCUUGAGAAAUUCUUCUCCAAUUGUUGCAUCGCAGUCAACAAUGGAUGCCGAUAUUGAUCCCAAUGACCCCUCGUUAGAAUCAUUUCCAACAACUCGCGAAGGUGUCUAUGAAAAGAUUCGAAGUCUGGAAACUAGAUUGCCUCCAGACGAGUCUCCAGUAACCUCUCCAGCAGUCGGUCGUCAAACCGAGCGUCUUGACCUUCCAAAUCCAUCGCCUAGAAUGCUUGCUCAAGAAAGAUCGCCUUCCCUUGGUGCAAUUGAAGAGGAGCAUGAAUUGGAUGAAGCAGACCGAACCCCGUCUCUGGCAGAGACUGGCAAGCAGGAAAAUAUGGGAGCAUCUGUAUCUAUCGUCGAUUUUGGAAAUGGGAACGGCCAGAGCUCUACGGAAAAAAUAAUAUCGGACACGAUACAUGAAGAAGGAUCGCAGCAUACCAGCGACAUUGAAGGAAUUGCUGACUUCACUACCGAGACAGAAGAUGAAAGUACCAUCCCCGAAGUUGCGACAAACGAAUCAGCAAAGCCUAAGACCAGCGAUGAAAACCACACUUCGAAGGAACGCCCAGAAGUGGCGACUGUCGAGGAGCCCGAAAGUUCUAUUUCCACACCCGAACCUCAUGACAAGGAGAAUGCAGAAUCUCUAGUACAUGAAAACUCUGGGGCUCGAAGUGCAGAUUCGGACGGAAAGACCACUGGUACUGAAACGACUACCUCCGAUAUUGCUGGCGAUUCUCCUGACCAAAACGUUCAAACCCGAGCUAGAGCUCCAACCAUCACGAUUCAUCCAGCAACAAGCCCCAAGGAAAGUCCAAAGCAGGGCCUCAGCAAGACUUCUUCCACGGCCGAAUCACUUAACGUGACAGUACAGCCAGUCUUGACCCCUUUCAUUAGCAACGGUGAAAGACAACUUGGUCAUGACAGCAGGCAAAACGAGGAGCUUGUCGCUAGCGGAGAAGGUCCAAGUAUCACGUUGGAGUCAGCUACCCCAAGAGCUAGUCUGGCACCAACUGAUUCAGAAUUCUCCGAGGCACAAACCGCCGGGGAAAGCACGUCAAUCGCAACGAGCGGUCGUAGUUAUCAGCUUGCUUCGAGAAAAAAACAACGAGCUAUGACUCCUUCGCCGGAUCGCCCACUUACACCUACUUCGAUCCGUUCAAAUAAGGACGAUGUGAAAUCAAGAAAUUUCCUGAAGGGAUUUUGGCGGGCAGUGUUUGUUGAUUGGAUUGGCGGGUUAAUAGCUAGCUGCUUUGGCGGUGGGCGCGAUUCGUAAGGCUUUCACUGAUUUUUUGUUUUACUCCCCGUUUAAUGUGUUGUUUCUUACUUCAUAGAAAAUACUGCCCCCCUACGAUGCUGAUACCUUGGACAAUGAUUAGGCUAGUGGCUGUAUCUGCACUCGUACUAGUUGUAGUUCCUGCCUUGUAUUAUUACAAAUCAUGACCACUGCGUCACACCGAGGUCGAUUCGGAAGGUUGGGACUGAUAGCGAAAGGGGUUGUUUUUUGCCAUUCUGUUUCUGUUUCUCUUCUCUUUUGAAAGGUAUUAUUGGAAGGUUGGACUGGACAUACGGCAACAAAAGAGGCGCGCCUUUGUAUGAUAUGAGCUUAAUGGGUCAGGAGCCAGAUGCGUUACGUUACCUAUGAAAGUCAUUUUUUAUGAAAUCUUUGAC